CGGAGGGUUUCCUGGCGUCCCAAUGCUUGGGGGUGCACCUGAGUACCCUCCUGCCGCCCGUAUGUGCCAAUGGCUGCGGGUCCUGAUGGCUCUGCCAAGCACCGGCGUGCGGCCCUGCCCGUCUUCAUUUGCGAGUACCACGACGAGGCGCUGCGAUGCCUCCACUUCGGCAUUCGCCGCUUCAAGGUGCCCUUCGAGGGUCUGAGCAUGGUGCACCUGGACGCGCACCCGGACCUCUCAGCCUCCACCACCAUGCCGGCGGAGCUGGUGAUGGAGGACCCCCGCCAGGCCUGCGACGCGCUGCGGGCGGAUCUGGGGGGCAUCGCCCAGUGGAUUCUGCCCGCGGUGUACGCUGGGCACCUGCGCUCCGUGUGGUGGGUGCGACCCGACUGGGCCACGCAGAUUGCAGAUGGCGACUACGGCCACCUGGCCGCGCUUCAGGCCCUCAGGGCCAGCAAGCUGAAGCCUGUCACACAUGACGCUGGCGAUCUGCUCAGUGGAGCCCCAAAUUUUCUUUCAGCUGGGGUGUGA